AUGGCUGUGAUACUCUUAACCAAGCAACAUGACUGUGAUGCUCUUGGUGGACUUCUCGUACCCUUUGAGCUCUCGACUGAAGCUCCUCCUCCUGAAUCAUCGUCAAGCAACCAUCAACAAGAUAGUGCUCUUCCUGAACCCUGUCCACAGGGUCCUUAUGCGAGUUUUCCACCUGUUGUGGAGCUCUCUUCAACACAACCCCCUGUCUUCAGUACUGAAACCUCAAGCUUCUGCGAAGAAUCACCUAGAGGACGCAAAGAAAGAAAGAAAUGGUCAGUGUCUGAUGAUCUCGUGCUCAUCAGCGCAUGGCUAAAUACAAGUAAGGACCUUGUGGUCGGGAAUGAGCAGAAAGCAGGUGCUUUGUGGUCACGCAUUGCGGCUUACUAUGCAGCAAGUCCAAAGGUGGAAAGAGGUCAACAGAGAGAGGCCAUUCAGUGUAAGCAAAGGUGGCAGAUGAUGAACGAUCUUGUUUGCAAGUUUUGUGGCUCUUACGAGGCUGCAACAAGACAUAAAACAAGUGGUCAGAGCGAGAGUGAUGUGGUUAAAAUGGCACACCAUAUCUUUUACAACGAUCAUAAGAUUAAGUUUAAUCUUCACCAUGCUUGGGAGGAGCUGAAAAACGACCAGAAAUGGAUAUCCGCAGCGAAAGGAGGAGGUGGUAAGAGACCUAUGGGUGAUCAACUGAGUGCCUCAGAAUUCCAGGGAAUGUGGUCUCUCAAAGAGAAAGACUUGGCGGCUAAAGAGAGGCUUAAAAAGAUGGGUCUGCUGGAGAGUCUCAUUGCAAAGAAAGAGCCCUUGUCUCAGUUUGAGGAAGCACUGAGGGAUAAGCUAAUUACAGAGAUGUUGGGUUAA